UGAAAAAGCCAUAUAACCAUAUACAGAACUAACUUACUAAAGAAUAUGUUACUACAUUUCACACACUUAAAUCUAAUAAUAGAAAAAGAGACUCUUAAGAGGCUGUGCUCUCUCUUUCUGUCCUUCCCCCUUUUAAGUGAGGACUGAAUGUCAGGGACUUCUGCAGCUCAUCUAAUUUAGGUCUGGGAUAUUUGGAGGGACAAUGAAAAUGAUAAUGACUAUAGUGUCUGUGGAUGCCUAUGUUAAAAAGUUAUUUUCAAGACACCAUUUAAUGUUUAAUUGUAGAUUUGGCGAUUCUUAUGCAUAAAUUGUUAAGCAUUCUUACUUUAAAUAAUUAGAAGUGCUAAGGCAGUAGUUAAAAUAGACCAGUUGGUGUUUAGAUAUUACCUUACCAUACUUUUGAAUAUUUGCUUGAAUUGGCAAUUUUCUUUGACGAAUAGGGGUGAGGAAGGGAGGUAUCUUGGUUCUAGAGAGCGGAGGUUCUCAUGGCAGAAUGAACACAGUAGUUGUAUGAUUCCUUGAAUAAUUUAAUUUUCUUAAUAGGUAUUAUAUUUUUAUUUUGGUUUAUAGAAUUAGAUCUAUACCUCUUUGAAGACACUGUCCAUUUUUAAACUUUAUCUUUCACAGUGUCUGUUACUGCAAAGUGCUUCCUUCCCGGCAGGUACUCAAGCCUUUUGUAAACACACCCCAGGACUAUAAUUUUAUAAACAUUUUGCCCAAUUUGUAGAAGAAACAGACUGAUUAAUUCAUUUAUUUACUCUGCUUGAGCAGCCCCCAGAUUCUGGGAACAUCAGAUGCAAAGAUGAAUGAGGAGGACUUGUUACUUUUCGCUCAGUGUUGUCUUUUGCCUCAUCUUAUCUCUGGGAGAAUAUGUGAUGUAAUUAUGUUGGGGUUCCCACAGUAAUCACAUACUUACGUUUUCUAAUUGUGUGAAACUUGGAAAAGUUGCAGGGUGUAAUUCUGAAGCACUGUGUGCAGGAUGAUGCAGUCCAGCUCAGAGGCUGCACCUCAGGGACCACCAGGUUGAUGGAGGCAGUUAUUGGUGGCACUCCUUCUGCAUGAAUCUGAAGCAUGUUUGCUUAGGAAAAGGAUGACGAUGCUCCAGGGUCAGGCCGCCAGUUCUCCCCUUGUUUUCCAGUAUAAUUCCAACUAAAAUCAAUUUAGGGAAGAGUCAUUUCUACUUUAACAAAACAAUCCUGCCAAUAGUCUAAUUUUUAAUUAAAACUCUAGAUUCUCCUUGGAACUAAUUCACUGACAUGGUCACCUUCUCUUAUCUCCCAGUAAAUGAUUCCAAUAAUUUUUUUCUUUGGUAAUUGUAUUAACUUUUGUGAAUGCUAUAAAAAUUACUUACAUGUUAUAAUUUACCUGCUUCAUCCAUGAAACAGUUUGGAAAUAAAGAUCACUCCUCCCUUGCCCUCGUUUCACUUUGGGAUUGAUUUCUCUGGGGGCAGAUGUUGGUGUAACUAGUUUUUUAAUGCAGAACUAUUUCAUGGAUGAAGCAGGUGGACAGAUCUAGUCUACUCACGGCUGUGGUGAGGCAGGGGAAAAGAGAGGAGCGCCUCUCCAGAAAUGUACACCUUAGAGCCGCUGUUACUUCUUCUUUUUAAAAUGUUUUGAUUGUGAAACAAUAAUUGAAACUUCAAAACAACAGCAGCAAAAUGUUACUGCUUUAGGAACAUACAUCUUGUUUUCAAAAUAUCAUAAUUUUAUUCUUAACUGUAAUCUUAAAUUAUUGGAGAAGGAGGAGAUCUUGGGACAUGCUAGUAACAAGUUUUUGAACAUGAUGUUUACUGGAACGAAUUAUUUUUGAGAUUUUUUGCAGUAUACAUGUAUAUGCAUUUGAUGGCAGUGGAAGUAAUUCAAUUUCUAAAUACUUGCUAAGUUCUGUGGGGGAUAUAGACUGUUCAUCAACUAGAAUAUAAACUGUAAGAUCUUAUUAAUGGCAUGAGUUGGGUGAGGAGUGACUUCUAAUGGGUAGAAGUUUCUUUUUGAAUUGAUGAAAAUGUUCUAAACUCAGGUCAUGGUGAUGGCUGCACAACUGUGAAUAUACUAAAACUAUUGAAUUGUAUACUUUGGGUGAAUUUUGUGGUGUAUGAAUUAUGUCUUAAUAAAGAUACUUUGAAAAAGAUCUUAAUAAAUUUGUGGUACAGAGAAGUUUUCAAAAUUGCUUGUGAUUCUUGCUUUCUUUUUUCAUUCCCCAGAUCUCCCAAAGCAGUUGCAAUGAAAGAUGAAGAACAGCAAACGCUCUUAUCUUCUGGUUGUGGGGAAAUGCUGAGUGGCCCCUAAUUUGUACAGUGAAAGUUGUUUACAUGAGCCUGAGUCUGUAAGCCCAGAGAUAAGAAAAAUCUCUCCAGGCUGAAAGCUCACUCAGGCAAAAACUGACCAGAGUACUGGGCCUGCCCAUCUGAUGGAAAAUCCAGCAUUUCCUGAUACUGGUCCCUUAAUUUGUGGACCAUUCUAGGCUGUAAACAAACUGAUGUUUUAAAGUUAAUAGUUAAAUCACUUAGAGGAAAAGAAAUGGGACCAGGCAUCUUCCGUGAUGGCCUGCUCCGCCAUUGCCCUCUGAGUGUGAGGAAAGGUGUGGCAGGAGGGCAUAUGGGGCCCACCUCCACUGGCACCAUCUUCUUUCUAGUCUUUCCACCAGGGCUGCAUGUUCCAGAUACUGAUCUCAGCACUUGAGGGGAUAAAAAUAUGCUCCAAGGCGUUUCUAAGCUGAAGGGAGGUCAAGAGAGAUAGCUUUGCUUUUUUAAAAGAUGGACAUAUUGCAUUGUGCCCAUCUGUGGUAGAAGUGUGGGUGGCACUAUUUAGGUAGUACUGGGAGUGACAGAUGUCUGGAGACCUAUUUUAAGGUAGUAAAGUCAACAUGUGGGAGAGAUUUGAUACCCGAAGAAGUAUUCUUUAAAAGACAGAGUAUCUCUAGAAGAGUUAAGACUUGUCUAUAGCCUAAAAAUUCUUUAUGGAAAAAAGUCCUCACAGUGCCAGAGGAAUUGUGCACUUUUUAUGAGGAGCCGCCAGGAUGAGUAAUUUUAUGGCUACUGUUUGCUGAGGUGCCAUAAAAAGACACAGCCAGUUCCUUAAGGAUUCGAUGGGUUGGUUAGUCAGUGGAGGGACCAAAAUACAAAUGUAAAACAUCAGAGAAGUAUAUGUUGUUGCUAGUUGCUGUCAGGUCGAUUCCAACUCAAGUGGAAAUUAAUUUAUUAAAGACAAAUUAUGGAAGAGAAGUACCAUGAACUCUGUCUUGGUCACCUAGUGCUGCCAUAACAGAAAUACCACAAGUGGAUGGCUUUAACAAAGAGAAAUUUAUUUUCUCACAGUCUGGUAGGCUGUAAGUCUAAAUUCAGGGCGUCGGCUCCAGGGGAAGGCUUCUUUUCUCUGUCCGUUCUGGAAGGAAGUCCUUGUCCUCAAUCUUCCCCUGGCCAAGGAGCUUCUCAGGAACAGAGACCCCUUAUCCAAAGGACGCACUCUGCUCCCCCGUGCUGCUUUCUUGAUGGAUGUGGAGAAAGAGAAGGAAACCCACAAUUACCUCAGCAAAGAGGAAAUCAAAGAGAAGGUUCAUAAAUACAAUUUAGCAGUCACAGACAAAUUGAAGAUGACCUUGAAUUCAAAUGGGAUUUACACUGGCUUCAUUAAAGUACAGAUGGAACUCUGCAGACCUCCACAGACUUCUCAGAAUUCUGGAAAACUCGCUUCCAGUAGCAACGGCUGUAUGAAUACACUUCAUAUCAGCAGCACAAACACUGUUGGGGAAGUGAUUGAGGCCCUGCUCAAAAAGUUCCUCGUGACUGAUAGCCCUGCCAAGUUUGCACUUUAUAAGCGUUGCCACAGGGAAGAUCAAGUCUACGCCUGCAAGCUCUCAGACCGGGAACAUCCGCUCUACUUGCGUUUGGUAGCCGGGCCCAGAACAGAUACCCUUAGUUUUGUUCUUCGUGAGCAUGAAAUUGGAGAGUGGGAAGCCUUCAGCCUUCCAGAACUACAGAAUUUCUUGCGCAUCUUGGACAAGGAAGAAGAUGAGCAGCUCCAGAACCUGAAGAAGCGUUACACAGCCUACAGGCACAAGCUUGAAGAAGCCCUCAGUGAGGUGUGGAAACCCGAUUAAAGUGAGGGGCUUGCUGCCACUCAGGAACGGCGUGGGCUGUUUGGAGUGAGUGGAACGUGCUCACCUGUGUACAAAACAGCAGCAAGUGUCUCUUUUUUCCGAGGGCCAUUUUCUUGCCCUGUGAUGCGAGGGUCUUCCCCCUUUUCUAAUCUCGAGACUUAGUUCUUCAAGCCAGGUCACACAGCAUCCUGCACCUUAAGCAUCCUGUGUAAGGGACUCAGCAAGCUUGUAAUGUCACAGCACUGCGAUAUUACCUCUCGCCAAGCUGUGAAUCUGUAGUGCUCAUCAGGCAGCAUUCUAGAGUGCUUUGAAGCCUGAACUCUGGGUUGUUUUUAUUUUUCUUCUUUUUAGGUAUUUUAAUUAUAUGAUGAUGAUGUUAAGCUUAAGGAUGUGCAAAUAAUUUUUAGAAAGCUUAACAAGGAAUCUGAAUACUUGUUUUAUGUUGAAACUACCUUUUUUUUUUUUUUUUAAAUGUCAAAGGAAACUAUGCAUGUGAAUUGAAAGGCACAGGAAGCCAGGAACAAUGAGGAGUUUGUGAAGGAUUUUGUGGGCGAUGGACAAAGAAAGUAAAGAGCAAGUUUGGAAGAAGGCAUGAGUUGAGGCGGAGAGUGCUGAGGGCUGGGGAGGACUGUUGGGUAAUAAGUUUGUGGUAGAGGAGGAAGGGGUAUUUGUAAACUAGUUAAAAAGCAUUUGGUUUUGAGAUGUUAAGCCCAUUUUAGGAUGGUUUGAUUUCCCGGUGGGUAAAAUGUAGGAACCUAGUCAAAGAAGGGAGGAGUAAGCCAAGGAGGGGCUCAUGAGCUGACAAGAGACUUACAAACUUGGACAGAGAAGGGCCUUGUGCCCCCUGAUUCUGCCUGCAUGGAGUGGAAAGUCUAAUUGGUAUAGCUUCUCUGGGCGGGGGCAGUUCCCAAGGUCUAAUGACUGCUAAUAACUCCCGUUAAGCUGUAGUUUUUUCAGAGGUGGUUUUCAAGGUUCAGCCGGAGUUUGGGGGAAGAAUGGGGCAGCUGUUUUUCUUGAUUGUCAGCUAGGAGGUUUACCAGGUAGAAGACUCUCAGCAGAUGGUUGUUACAGCCGCUCUUCCUUUCCCUUCCCUUCCUUUCUUCCAUUCCCUUCCCUUUGUAUAUUUUCCCAUUUCAUCCCCUUCCCUUCCCUCUUCCUUUCCUUUCCCUUACUUCCAUUCUUCCUCCCUUUCUUUUAUAAGUUGAAUAUUAUGUAGAACAGAGAUAGUGAUUAAACACCCAGUCCACUUCCAAAUCCUCAGUUUCAAGGACUACUUGACUAUCAGGAGGAGGCAGCAAGAAAGAGGAAAGUAUGUACCCAAUUGACUGUGUAACAGGGUUGUUGUUUUUUUUAAACGGAAAUAUUUAUUUUAACAAAAGUGUAUGUUCCUACCAACCAAAGAAAUGGCCUGUGCAAUAGAAGCCUUCCUUAAAUCAGGUGAAAUAACCUCAUUUUAUGCAGUGAUUAUCUGAGAACAAUGGGCAAGUUGUGCUGUUGUUACACAGAGGCCUGACAGUCUUUUUAGUCUAGGUAUUUUCGGUUUAUAAAUUCCCAAGGAAUUGUUAACACUUUGGUGACACCUAAUGGAUUCUUUUUGAAAUUCCAUGGUGCUUUAGUUCUUUGCCUCUUAAGUGAACUGUGCCUUUGAUUGCAUUUCUCUUCCUCUCUCGGUGGCUCUUCUGACUUUUCAAAGAAUACCCAUCUUGUUGGAGGCAGAUUUAAGUGUUGGCUGUGCUGUGCCACACAAUUACUGAGACAAUCAUAUCUUCCUAAGCUUUUAAGGAAAGUUAAAAAAAAAAAAAUAGUAGAACUAACUAUAAAAUAUGUAUGGCACAUCUUGUUUAAUUUUGCAUGUAACUUUUUAGUGCAUUGAUGAGGUUUUAGGACACCGUCAUCAAACACUUUGCCUUUAUUGUUCAGGGACUACUUCCAUGAUUUUUAUCCUGGUUUUACUAUUCAGAUUAAGGCUGGGGUUUGCGUGUUCUGUUAUCAACCACCUGGUCUUUUUAAUUACCCAUCCUGGUUCAACUGUAAGCUUAUAUUCUGUGAAGCAUUUGUUUCUCAGAUGAAGACACAGUUAGAAAUCUAAAGUCCUAGCAGAUGGGUAUGUGUGAAUUUUUUUUUUUUCCUUACUUGAAGUAGAUUGUCUAAACAGGCAUCAUCCUCAUCUGUAUUAUCCAGAACCUCACUUUUUGUCAUGUGCACUACAAGUUUUGAUUUGGAAAAUUUACUGUAUUGAAACUCUGUCUGUUCAUGGUUCUUCAAGAGACUGGUGUUCUCUCCCAAACACUGGUUACCACAGCAGCAUUUUUUAAUGUUUCAAAGAAGAAAAAGGGCACUAAGGCCAAAGAAAGAUUGUUAAAAAAUCAUUUUACAAAUUCUUAUGUUCCAUGAAAGUAAGCCUUGCUGGAAUACUGUUUUCACCGUGUGAUGGUACAGGAGAUGUUAAAGGAAGGUGUGGUAUUGUGGGGGAGCAUUUGAAAUUGCAGAAGUAAAAUUAUAAUAUUUAUAAUUUUCAGGAGUCUAAUUUUAUUUUUUAUAGGGAAGAUUUUUUUCCCCCUGAAGUUGCUUCUGGAAUGACAAAUUGUUUUCAUUAAAAACUGCAGUUGUUAGCUGGUGCGUGUGGUGUUUUUAUUUAUGAUAUAUUCCGGAUGACAGGAGGUCCCAGGAGUGGGGAUGAGCUGUGCUUGCAGAUCCAUGGGGACAGCGUGACUCUCAGUAGGUUUGGGUGGGCCGCAUUUGUUUCCUAAAUGUCAUUUUUCCUCUGCCUUAUGCACUAGGGAGGAAUAACCCUAGCUUAGUGUCUGCCCAUACAGGACUUUCCUAUUCUACUUGAAACAGUUGCUUUAAUUGUGAAAUAUAUCAUACAUUCUAAAGGGUAUAAAGCACAGGAAUUGUUGUUGUUCGUUGCCGUUGAGUUGAUUCUGAGUCAUGGUGACCCCAUGUGUGCAGAGUAGGGUUUUCAAGGCUGUGACCUUCUGGAAGCGGAUUACCAGGCUUAUCUUCGGAGGCAUCUCUGGGUGCAUUCGAAUUGCCAACCGUUCAGCUAGUAACCAUUUGCACCACCCAGGGACACACAUGAAAAUAGUUUAAAGAAUUAUAAAGCAAACACCCCUGUGACCGCUACCGAACUAGAACACUGUCAGUUCCUUAGAAAUCUCCCUCCACCUCUACCCCACCACUGUUCUUGCCUUGAGGCCUCCUACCCUCCAAACAGACCACUUUCAACAUGAAGUGAGUAUCUGUAUUUUCUGGUGCAUGUAACUGACUUACAUGGGAUGGUGAGUGUUUGGUGAACUUCACUGGUGACUAGGAAGAUUUACCUAAGGCUGAGGUACCCGGGUCUUAGCACCCACACCUACUGUAGGUAAGCAUUUUUACUACUAGACUGCCCUCUAGAGGGACUGGUGAAAUAGAAGCAAGGCUGGCACCAGUCGGUGAGGGGAACACAUUUCAAGCACAAUAACUGCUUUAUAGAUGAAAGUAUUAUGAUAGAAAAUUAUGGUUCUGUAUAGAUGUUUGUUUUCUUUGAUGUAUGCAGAAGAAUCUAGUUAGGGAGUCCAGCCUGGGUUACUACCCAAGGUGCAGGAUGAGUGUUUUAGAAUUUUUAUCCAGUAAGGGACUUAACUCCCUGCCCUAGGCUGCUUUUCAAUUAGUCACCAAUUGUUAACUGUUGUUUAAAUAAAUUAUUCUUACGGUGCAAAAUGUUCCGCUGCUAUUCAGAAGGUUUUCACUGGCUAAUACUUUUCAGAAGUAGACUGCUGGGAAUAAGGAAGACCAAAGAAGAAUUGAUGCCUUUGAAUUGUGGUAUUGGCAAAGAAUAUUGAAUAUACCAUGGACUGCCAGAAGAAUGAACCAAUCUGCCUUGGAAGAAGUGCAACCAGAAUGCUCCUUAGAAGCAAGGAUGGCGAGACUGCAUCUUACAUACUUUGGACAUGUCGUCAGGAGGGAUCAGUCCCUAGAGGAGGACAUCAUGCUUGGCAGAGUACAGGGUCAGCAGAAAAGAGGAAGACCCUCAACGAGGUGGAUUGACACAGUGGCUGCAACAAUGAGCUCAAGCUUAACAACGAUUGUAAGGAUGGCUCAGGACCAGGCAGUGUUUUGUUCUGUUGUGCAUAGGGUUGCUGUGGGUCGGAACCGACUCGAUGGCACCUAACAACAAGAACAACAACAUGUUGCAAAAUCAGUUUUUAAGAAUUUUAUUCUGGGGAACAUGGUUUUGGGGGAUAGCUGGGUCAACUGGCAUAAGAAAGUUUAUUAAGAAAAUGUUCUGCAUCUUUGGUGAAUGGCAUCUGGGGUCUUAAAAGUUAGCAAGCGGCCAUCUAAGAUGCAUCAAUUGGACCUAACCGACCUGGAGCCAAGGAGAAUGAAGAACACCAAAGACACAAGGAAAAUAUUAGCCCAAGAGACAAAAGGGCCAUAUAAACCAGAGACUCCAUCAGCCUGAGACCAGAAGAACUAGAUGGUGCCUGGCUACCAAUGACUGCCCUGACGGAACACAACAGAGAAUCCCUGAUGGAGCAGGAGAAAAGUGUGGUGCAGAACUCAAAUUCACAUAAAAAGACCAGACUUAAUAGUCUGACUGAGUCUAGAGGAACCCUACAAGACAUGGCCCCCAGACUCUCGGUUAAUCCAGAAAUAAAGCAUUCCUAAAACCAACUCUUCAGACAAAGAUUAGACUGGAAUAUAAAACAUAAAAUACUACUUGUGAAGAGUGUGCUUCUUAGUUCAAGUAGAUAUACAAGACUAAAUGGGCAGCUCCUGUCCAGAGGUGGGAUGAAAAGGCAGAAAGUGAUAGGAGCUGGUUGAAUGGACAUGGGAAACCCAGGAUGAAAAAGGGGGAGUGUGCUGUCACAUUAUAGGGAUUGCAUCUAGGGUCACAUGUGUAUAACAUUUUGUAUGAGAAAUUAACUUGAGGUGUAAACUUUCACCUAAAGCACACACAAAAAUUUUUUAAAUCUGCAUUUGGGACACUGUCAGAUGAUCCCAAUUAUGGUUUUUUUUUUUUUUUUGAAAGAAGGGGAAAAGUAUUGUAUAAUAGCAAAUGUAUAUAUAGUGCUAAGGAUCCCUGGUGGCACAGACAGUUAAGUACUUGGCUGGUAAUACUGGAAAGUUGGUGUUUCUAACCCACGCAGCGGCUCCGCAGAAGAAAGACCUUGAGAUCUGUUUCUAUAAAGAUUACAGCUGAGAAAAUCCUAUGGGGUAGUUCUACUCUGUCACAUGGGGUCACUAUGAGUUGGAUUUGACUCAACACUCAACAACAACAUACAUAGUGCUUAGUAUGUGCCAGGCACUAUUCUAAAAUAUUUUGAUCUGUAUUAACUAAUUUUCUUCCCCAUGGGGUAGGUGCUGUUAAUAUCCCCAUUUUACAGAUAGGGAAACAACAGACACAUUGAAGUUCAACAACCUGCCCAAGACCGUUCUGUGAGUGAGUGGCAGAGCCUGGGUCCAGUCAACCAUGCUGCCCUGCUGCUCCAAGCUCUUGUCCUGUAAGCUCUAUCAGAUUUUUCGGAUAAGCUGCCCAUUAAAGUCCUCCUAGGUUGCCUCUGGAGCCCCCUGGUGGCACAGUUAAGAAUUAGGCUGCUAACCAAAAGGCCGGCAGUUUGAAUCCACUCCUUGGAAACCCAGUGGGGCAGUUCUACUUUGUCCUGUAGGGUCGCUAUGAGUUGGGGUCCACUGGAUGGCAGUGGGUUUGGUUUUUUUUUUUUUUUUAGAUUGCGUCUAAUAGAAAGGUCCUCUGAAAGCAGGCCUGUUUUGGUGCAGUUAGAAUUUGUGGGAAAUGAGAGGACAGCCUUAAUGCCUCAGUGCUUUAUCCUUUAUCAUCCUUUCUGUUGCUGUUACCCGUUUAUCUUUCCAUUUAAGUGAUUAUACUCAGUUACAUAGAAGGAAACAGUUAUUGUGUUUUCAUCUAGAGAGGUUCUGUUGCAUGAGCGCAAACCCAGUGUUCUCACUGCAGCUGGUAAGACAAGUCCCUGCAAUAGCAGAAGAAUAACAGCUUCAGGGAGAAGUCAGAGGUCGGCAGGAGCCACCAAAUGCUUGCAAAGGUUUGACUCAUUUGAUGUUUUUCUCUCCAUCAAGGAUCAUCCACCAUAAAGUUUACUACUGGUGUGACUCACCACUUGCUUAAUUAAGUGUACAAGAAGUACGCUUCUUGUGGGAGGGGAAAACAGAGUUAAAAAAAACAGCUUUCUUGUAAAAUGCUAUUAAUUCCAUUUGUAGUUUUUUUUUUUUUUUUGCUUUGUUUUAGUUUUUCUUGGCAAAUCUUUCCCUGUUAAUUCUAAAGCGAGAGUGGCAGUGUAGGGGACAGACCUUUUUCAUCUCAAGUAACAUCUUCCAAAAGACAUUUUUGAUUCUUCCUCUGAGACAGCACUUGGCAGUAUCUGAACUUGAGUACCACCACUCUGUUUCUGAGAAACCUCCAGCAUUAGAACCUUUAAACGUUUAUACACAAACAUCAAACCGUUUUGUAAACUUCAAAAGAAGUUGGGAUUUAGCUGGGUUUUGGGAGGAAGUUAUUUUAACCAGCCUACAGUUCGUUUAUCUGUAAGGAAAAAACCAAAUCCAUUGCUGUCGAGUCGAUUCCGACUCAUAGCGACCUUACAGGACAGAGUAGCACUGCCCCCCAGUUUCCGAGGAGCGUCUGGUGGAUUCAAACUGCUGUAGCACCUAACCACUAGGCCACCAGGGUUUCCAAGUCUUAAUUAAAGUGCACCUUGGCCUUUAAAGGCAUCUAUCUGGUUUGCGUUUGCCUGGUAUAGCACUCUUCCCUCAAUUUAGCAAUUAUGGACGUGUGGGACUAAUUAGCCCUAAGUGCUUCCUUUCUCUGGAGUGGAGUUCUGGGGGCUGGCUGCUCUAGAGGGUUUUCCAAUUGACAGGUGCAGUAAAAUUUGCUUAAAUGCUGCUCCAGAAUUCCUUAAAAACUUUAGCAUCUUGACAAAACUUAGAAUCCUUGAAUUCUGCUGCAGGCCAGGGAGGCAACAGUUUAAAUUCAAAAUCUCUUAUUCAUGGUAGAACUAUAAAUGGUGUGUUCCAGUUCUUUUCAAAAGGGCAAGGAAUUCCAAUAUUGUGUGUGUGAGCUCUCAAGGAAAAUGUUCAAAGUGAUUUUUAAGUAAGAUUGGGCAUGUCAUCUAGUCACUUUAUCAAGAAAAGAUGCUUGCUGAGAAUAUAAAGGCAAACAGGAAUUAAGUAAGGAAUCCAGGCAGCAGCCCUCAGGCAGCACUAAUUAAAAGAAAAUUAGAGCAUUGGGUUAGAGUGGCUAUAUCAGCAUCAGAUAAAGUAGAUUCAAAGGAAAUAUUACCAGAGAUAAAGAGGGUCAUUUCCUAACGAUAAUGGGGUCAAUUCAUCAAGAGGACAGAAUAACCCAAAAUGUUAAUGCACCUAAUAACAGAAUUCAAGUACAUGAAGCAAAAAUUGAUAGAACUGCAUGAAUAGACAAACUCACAAUUGUGAUUUCAACAAACCUCUCAGUGACUGAUAGAAACAGUAGAGAGAAAAUCAAAGAAUGUAAGACUUGAACCACACUAUCAACUAUUUUGACCUGACAGAGAACACUCCAACAGCAGUGAAACAUUGUUUUUAAAUAACACAUAACAAGACAACACAUUCUGGGACAUAAAACAAAUUUCAAUAAACUUAAAAAUGGUUUAAAUCAUACAAAGUUUAUUCUCUGACCACAAAUAAAUAGGAGGUCCAUAAAAAGAAAAAAUACCCAAAAACAAAUAUUGGGAGAUUACUUCUAAAUAACCUAUGGGUAAAGUAAGAAAUCAAAAAGGAAAUUAUAAAGUACUCUUAACUGAAUCAAACACAUCAAAACGUGGAUACAGCUGAAGGUGUUAAUUAGAGGGAAAUUUAUGCACUAAAUGCCUAUAUUAGAAAAAGAUGAAAGGUCUCAAAUCAGUGACUUUGUCGUCCAUCUUAAGAAAUUAGAAAAAGAAAAGCAAAUUAAACCCAAAGUAAGCAGAAGAAAUGAAGUCAUUCAUAGAGGCAAGAGUAGAAAUCAAUGAAAUAGAAAAUCCAUGAAACCAAAAGCUGGUUCUUUGAAAAGGUUAAUAAGAGUUGAUAAGCCUCUAGUCAAACUCAUCAGGAAAGAAAAAGAAUUGGUAAUUGGUGCAAAUUACUAAUAUAUCAGGACUGGGAGAGGUGUCAUUACUACAGAUUCUACAGAUAAUACUUGAUGUGUUCACAUUUGAGAUCCUUGAAAUAAGUUUCCUUAGAAAUUACUGUUAUUGACUGCAAAAAAAAAAAAAAAGUUUUACUAAACCAAAACCAAGCUCAUUGCUGUUAAGUUGAUUUCAACUCAUAGCAACCUUAUAGGACAGAAUAGAACUGCCCCAUAGGGUUUCCAUGGAGUGGCUGGUGGAUUUGAACUGCUGACCUUCUGGUUAGCAGCCAUAGCUCUUAACCACUAUGCCUUAAAAAAAAAAAAAAAUGCCUACACAGUCCUAAUUUUGCCUAACCUCUGAAAAGCUUGCCAAAUUACAAGUGUUGAUGUUGCUGCUGGUUCCUUGUUUAUACAAGUUUACAGUUAUCUGCAGUAUGUGACUUACAUGCAUGUAUCAGUAACAUUCUAACUUGACAUUUGACUUUUUAUCAUUCAAAACGCAGUAGGGUUUACAUUUAUUAAAAUGAGACUAUAGUCAUAAUUUUUUUUUUUUUUUAGCAGCCCACAUUUUGGAAACUAAUUAUAAUGAUACAGAGGGAUGAGUGUAUCUUGAUUAAUGCCCUUGGAGUCUGUGAUAUAUAUACAUAUACAUAUGUAUAUUUCAUAUAAACCUUUAAAUUAAAGAAAAGUCACUUGAAUUAGUUUGUUCUUGCUUUGUAAUCAAAAGAACUUGACUAGAACACCUAAUUUCUUGAUCUCAUUCAUUCAACCAAAAAAUCCCAGUUGCCGUUGAUUUGAUUCUGACUCACGGUGACCCCAUGUGUGUCAUUGUAGAACUGUACUCCAUAGGUUUUCAACGGCUGUGAUCUUUCAGAAGUAGACUGCCAGGCCUUUCCUCCAAGGGGCUUCUGGGUGGAUUUGAACUGCCAACCUUUCGGUCAGUAGUGCUUAACCAUUUGCGCCACCCAGGGACUCCGAUUCAUACAACAAAUAUUUAUAAAACACCCCAAGAAUGUCAUAUAUUGAGUAGGUUAUAGUGAGAAAGAACAUUGUAGUCCCUGUUCUCAUGGAAAUCAGGCCCCGGUGAUGCAAACUGUUAAGUGUUGUAAAGGUAAAGUUCUGGGUGCUACAAGAGUGUAUAAUCUAGGAAGUCAAAGAAGGCUUUCUUGAGGAAGUAAUUUAGAGCUGAGAUUGUAAGGAUAAACGGAUACAUCCUAGCAGAAUUCAUAAAUUAUCUACAUGAAAUCUUCUACACAACAGGGGACUGGUUUCUAUUGGCAACAUGUUCUAUCAGGGCCGUUCUUGUAUUUUUAUUAUGAGAAAAGAACUUUUAUCAGGCUAAAUAAUUCCCCUAGGUUGAGAGUUCAUCGUUGGCAAAUGCAGAGUUAAAAUUGACAUUGGCAAUUUUUCUGGAUCAAAUCCAGUUUCUUGUCCUCUGGAGAUGAGAUAGCAUCACCUGUGUGCUUAUUUCACAGGGCUGUUGUGAGAACCAAAUUAGUGAACGUGAAGGCACCUCAUAUGCUAUAAAGCCUGAUAAAAGGUGGGAUUGUUUUCUAAGCUCUUGUUCCUACAGUGGUGUUAACGGUUGCCUACCCAUCGUGUUGACACUGAAGUUCAUCUAGAAGUACCCUAGGUGCUGAUUUCCAAGAGGGACCUUUUGACAGUGAAGAUGUAUCUGAUAAGCAGAACAGUUUUUAUUUUUGUUCUUUAAAUUCAUGCUGAGGGAAAGAAAUGGUGUCAUAAGCGAAAUACUCAAGAUUCUUGGGUUAUUGAUAACCAAAAGAUCACCAUUCGGUGCCUUCCCCUGUGCUUCCAAUAAAUACAGUUACACAGCAUUAUCUUUCUUCCUUGACAAAUUAGAGCCAAAAUGCUCAGAGCUGCUGGGACUAGGGUUAACCCAUGCUGUCCUGUCAGGGUAAGGCAGGGAGUGAUGCUGCAUGAUCCAAACCAGAGGCUGCCUGUAGGCACAGUGAGUGCAGGGGCGUUGGCCUUUGUUCCUGGUCACGUUUCCAUGCAUGUGAAUUCUCCCCCUAGAGAGUUCUGUGCUUUGCAGACUGGAGCAUAACUUAAACUCAUUGAGUAUCUCUCCUAGCUGCAGGGGACAAACCUUGUGGAACUGAAUGUUUCACAGACAUGUCGGGAAACAGCCACUAGGGUAGCACUGAGACAGGAAGGAGCUCUUCUAGCAGGAAACCCUGAACUGCAGCUUCCUGCCUCUCUUCCUGCAGCCAGUGUUCACCUUUGGCUGAACUCUUUGACUGCGCUUCCCGUGGCAUUACAGGAAGAAGGAAAGGGGCCAGGAUGAUCGGGGACACAGUUCUGUUUUCACUUACUAUGCAGAAGACCAGACUGGGCACCAGGGUCUCGUUCUCUGUGGGAGCAUUCACAUAAAAGCAGGCUGGGCUGCCCUGAUGACUCAAAAUGAAGACUGCUAAAAACAAUCCAAGUUGUUGUGUUCAUCUGAGGCCUAAUAAAAUUGUAGCUCACCUAAUCUGGGAGAGGCUGGGAGAUAGGGGGACUGGGAAAGAAAAGACUGAAAAGCAGCCACUUUCUUAGGGACUUAGCGGGAUCGGAAUCAAUUGUGCACCUGAGCUACUUUCCCAGCGUUGCGAGGAGGCAAGGGAAGAGUGACUGAUGGACUUGCACAACAGGUGCCUUGGAAACCCAGCCAGAGUCCUGGUAUGCAGCAGCUGCUCAAAGAGCUGCUCUUCUCCCCAGCACUGGCCCCUCUGAGUUAUGGAGACCGGCUGGAGAGAAGACUUUGAGACUGGAACCAGCCAGCCAAGAGAGCCCAUUAAAAUAUUUUCCAACAUGUGCUGAGGAGCAACAUUUUAGCAACCAUUCUAACAAAGAAGCUUCUAUUUGGUUGUAGUAACAAUAGCUGGGAGCCUGUGUUGGUACUCUUGAAGUAUGCAAUGUACUUAAGACUUUUUUCCACUCGGACAGAAGUUGAGCCUUAAGCACUGGCCAGCUUUACCGUGCACCUCAGGUACCUACAAUUGGAUGCAUUUUGGUUAAAGGCCUGCUGUAAUUUCUCUCUUGGCAAACCAGCCAUGGCCAUUGUAUUAGUCAUAUAUUGUCAUGUAACAAAUUACCCAAAAACUCGUGGCUUUAGACAACAUUGAAUAUUUAUUAUCUCACAUGGUUUCUCUGGGUCAGGAGUUUGAGAGUAGCUUUGCUGGGUGGUUCUAGCUUGGAGUCUCAUGAGAUUGCAGUUAAGAUGUCAACUAGACCUCCAGUCACCUGAAGUCCUGACUGGGAAUGGAGGGUCUGCUUUCAAGACAGUUCACAUAUAUGGCUGGCAAGGACCAGUUGUUUGCAGGUCUCAGAUCCUUACCAUAUGGACCUCCCCACUGGGUCUUCAUGAUAUGACGGCAGGUUCCCUCCAGAGUGAAUGAUCCAAGAGAUUAAGGAGGAAGUGGCCAUGUUUCUUAUUACCUAGCCUCAGAAGUUACAUGCCAUUACUUGCAUCGUAUUCUGUCACAGAGACCAACCCUGAUGCAAUGUGGGAGGGGGCUAUGCAAGGAUCAUUGGGAACCAUCUUGGAGGCAGGCUACCAUAGCCAUGCUGGAAAUAGUUAAAUGAGGUGUGACAAGAAGAACCCUCUUUUUUUCUUCUUGUCCAUCAGCCAUGAUGUGGUACAACAAAUCUGUCUUGGAAGAAGACAGCCAGAAUACUCCUUAGAAGCAAGGAUGGUGAGACUGCGUCUCACAUACUUUGGACAUGUUAUCAGGAAUGAUCGGUCCUUGGAGAAAGACAUCAUGCUUGGUAAAGUAGAGGGGCAGCAAAAAAGAGGAAGACCCUCAACAAGAUGGACUGACAGUGGCUGCAACAAUGGGCUCAAGCAUAGCAACAAUUGUGAGGAUGGCACAGGACUGGAGUGUUUUGUUCUGUUGUGCACAGGGUUGCUAUGAGUCGGAACUGACUCGAAGGCACCUAGUAACAACAUGAUGAGGCAUAGGAUAAGAAACCACUUCAAUGAUAGUAGCACCCUUUAGUCUGAAAGUAGUUUCUCUGUGUGGGCACCAGAGGGAAGUUCUCUUUGCAGCUUUCUACACAAUAAGUUCCUGGAGGACAGGAAUAGACCAUUCUUUCAUAUUUUCAUAACCAAGCUUACUACUAGGCAGAGUAGGUACUCAGAUAUAUGAUGUGCUGGGAGGGGAAAUCUUUCAUAGACCACAGAGCCAGCAGAGUGUAAAAGAAAGAUGGCUUUGAAGCCAGAUCUUCAUCCAAAUCCUAAAUCUUUGACUAGCUUUGUGAGCUUGGGUUGAUUAAGCUGAGGAAAAUACCUAUCCCAGAGAGCUAUUUUAAUCACAUAAAUAAUUAAAGCAUCCUUUGUAUCUCUCCAUCCUUUGAGAACCUGCUAGUCUCCACUGGAGCUUCAUGUUAAGAGGACAUACAUGGAUCUCAAGUCUCAAUGGCAGAAGGUGGCUAUGAAAUCUUACUCUCAAAGACUAAGAUUUAGAACUGUCACCUAUUCUACAGUACUCUGGGAGCUACUUCCCAUGUCCCACAAUCUAGACCUUACAUAGUAGCUCCUAGGACAUCAGCAGAGGUCUCAGCACAAGCUUUCAGCCUGCGUCCUUGGUUUCUUUGGUUGGCUGUUGUCUCAACAGUUUUUAUAUGGUACACAUAUGACUAGCUCUUUAAAUUCAUUAGCAGUAGAAGAUGAAACCAAGACCAAUUCUGUAUGGAAUCUGGUUCUAUAGGGCCGGGUACGGCCUUAGUGGGAAUAGGUGGGAUAAGUUAGAAAAAUGGAGCCAGCAGAGUCUCUACUUCAUUUUAUGAGUCUACGAACAUAAACUCUCUCCUUGUUGACGGUUUGGCUCAUGUGGUCAGUAAUCACAGAGCCUCUAUUCUACUUCCCCCUUUACUCCAGUAUUUAGACAAAGGUUAGGUAGUUCUCAAAGGAUAACAUUGUGUUAUCCUUUCCCUCUCCCUCACUUCAACAGGUCUUGGUGGCUCCUGUUUUGAAAUCUUAAAGGCCAGCCAGCACCUGUCUUCGUUACUUAUCCCACACAGUUCCUUGGCCUUGGGCCCUGGGUAAAGAACUCUUCUUUAAGCAUUUAGGUCUACAACUGUUCCCUGGCCUGAUCUAGCUCUUUAGCCCUUGUGGAGGGAGGAGGGUAGAGCAUCCAACUAGGUGAUCCCCUGUUAUUAAACAGCUGACAGUUGUUGGGAAGCAAUUCAUUAUGGGCCUAAGUGUUCCUGAAUGUUCUUUUUGGGUAUGCUGAGAAUGCAAGGGCCUGACCACUCUUUACCCGGGCCGUUUCUAAGGACUGUGUUUGCAGUGAGCAACCUUGAGGAGUAAGGUACUAUAUUUCUCAGGACAAAGAGUAGGCUUGCUUAGUGUUGCUACAGAAUGGCAGGUUCUCCAAGCUUAAUGUCCCUCUCUUGUAACAAAACCCACCGCAUAUGCAGGUAUCCAUCUAGGACCUUCACACGUUGUACGUGUGGGACCUAGGGCGAGGGUGAACUGAUGUGCUCGUGCCACUUGCUGUUCUGUAACAGUCUUUUGUCUCCGGCCCAGGAGUCUCAAGUCUUCUGUCAACAACCAUGAAACAGAAACAGGCUAACUUAUUUGCUUAUAAAGAGAGUAAAAUCAAACCCCAGACCUACACCAGUGCGCCUGACAUUGUGAUAUACCCAAAUUAUCUGUUCUGAUAGCAUUACCUGUCAACUUUUAUGAGUGUCUUCUAUUAUCCUGUUUUUUUUACUUUGUCUUCAGAUAGAACAGGAAAGAUACAAAGCAUCCUAUUAAGUGAGGGGUUGGCAAAUUACAGCCUGCCUGUGUUUGUAUGUAAAAUUUUAUUAGCCCACAGCCACAGCCAUUUGUUUAUGUAUUGUCUCUGGAUACUUCUGCACUACAACAGCAGAGCUGUAAGCCUAAAAUAUCAUCUGGUCUUUUAAGAAAAAGUUUGCUGACCCAUUUAAGAUUAGGGCAAUGGAUCAUAUGAUUGGAAAUCAAGUACAAAGCAUCUUGGAAGGUGAGCUCAGUCCAUUUUAAAGCCAGCCAAGAUAAGAUUGCUUCUCCAAAGCUGUAAAUGAAUAAAGAUUUAUCAGGAAGGAUUUUCUACAUGGUGCUUCAUUCAGGGGCUAUCGGUCUGUACGGACCAGGUGUAUAUGAGCUACGUGGGUAGAGACUAUAGAUCCCAAUAGUGAAAUAUCCCAUCCUCAGUACUGAGCAAUUAAAAUAUUAAACAGCAUCGAGGAAAAAAGCAUCUUAUCAAAAUUAUUAUUUGGGGACUAAAACAAAGGACACAUUCCCACUAGACACAGAAAUAAAUUUUAAUUCAUUGAAAAGUGCAGCAGUGAACAGGGUCCUUUCAAGGGCACUUUGUAGGUCAAAUGAUUGAGAUGACACAGAGCUGGGGUAGAAUAACUUCUAGGAACAGAUGAUGCAAACAUAGAAAUUUACAAAAUUCAGUGAGGCCUAAGUGGUAGUGAAAUGACAGAACUCAAAUACACUCAUCUCUUUCCACUGAUGGAUCACUUGAAAUAUCCUUUGCUUUCUCUGAAAAAGGGUACUGGGACAACUUUUCUGCUUUCAUUAAAAAAAGCACUGAUCCUUAAUUGAGACACGUAAAGAUAAAUUUAAUAACAUUUCUCACAGAUUAAGGUACAACUUCCAUGGCUAUCAUUACUAUUUUGUAUAAAAACUCCCUGUUGUUGUCAAUUAAAAUGUAUUUGCAACAGCACCAUUUGUCAAAUUCAAAGAUGCUCAAAAGUUGCUCCCUACCUUGUAAUUGUAUUUUAGAGACAGCUGUGUAAUAAGGACUCUUAUACUACACAAUCUCUAUUCAUUCCUAAGGCCUCUGUUCAUUCUUACUGGUUAUAUGGCUCUCUGUUGUGCUGGCCAAGAACACUGAAUAUACCAUGGACUGCCAAAAGAACAAACAAGUCUGCCUUGGAAGACGUACAGCCAGAAUGCUUCUUCGAAGUGAGGAUGACAGGACUUCGUGUCAUGUACUGUGGACAUAUUAUCAGGGGGGACCAGUCUCUGGAGAAGGACAUCAUGCUUGGUAAGGUAGCAGGUCAGAGAAAAAGAGGAAGACCCUCAAGGAGAUGGACUGACGCGGUGGCUGUAACGAUGGGCUCAAACACGGCAACGAUUGUGAGGAUGGUGCAAGACAGGGCAGAGUUUCGUUCUGUUGUACACAGAGUUGCUGUGGGUCAGAACCGACUCAAAGGCACCUAACAACAACAAUUCUGAAAGUCACCAACAGACAUGGACCUAGCCUUCUUAAAAGAGAAAAUAAUUGAACUCCAAGUCAGCACAAUUAAAAAGGUAGCAAGGAAAGCCUCUUGCAGUGGUUCGUUUGUAUAUACACAUUCUGAGAAGUGGAGUGUAUUUUAUAGUCUAUUAGGCUAUAAACUGAGGUCUCCUUGUAUUAUUUUAGCACAGAUCCAGAAUGAUGCCAAUCCAAGAGAAAAAGUAAAAUAAGAGCUUAUGCAAAGGUUAGGUAGGAAACGUACCCAAACCAGAACAGGUCCACAGAGAGUGUCUCACCACAUCCCACCACCACACAGAAGCCAGCUGAAUAUAAGAGCACAGGGGCAGAGAUACUAUUGCCACUGACUUGUUUCAUUUUAAGACUUAAUGUGCUUUUAGGAACCAGCGUCAUAAAGCUGAAUAAUGUGAUGUCAUAGUCCAAAACCUGGUAAGAGUCAGUUUCUUUUUAUUUGGGAAUAACUAUGGUCAACCUUCAUCAAUGCUGACGUUGACUUAUAAGGUUAAGAACCAAAGCAGAGAACAAAGCUGAUACCCAUAUUGAACAUUAUUAGUUUGCUUUUAGUUACAGAAUUUUUGGAAUUUCUUUCCCUAAAACAUUCAUAGCAGAGGUGUUCAUUUUGCUUGCUUAUUUUACCUCUAGAUACCCCCACAGUUGCUGGGUUCACAUGAGGUAAAGGAAUAAACCCAAUGGCUAUCUGAAGUUCUGGUAGCAUAGUUAACUUGUGGCCAUGUCUUACAAACGGAGUGCUUAAAGCUCAACGUAAGACCUUAAAUAAAGCUAAAAUCACUUAUCGCCUGAGUCUAACAAGUUAUAAACCACAGCUCUUUCCCCUUCCUUGCUGCUUUACCACCAACUAACCUUCUGGUGAAGAAAACAGUAGAAAUGGGAUUGGUCUUUGAGCCUAGGUGUCCUAAACAGAAAGGACACCUAAACAGAUCUGAUUCUGACAGAGGAAUACUGAAUGGGGGCUGAAGACUUCAAAAACUUAGGAAGAACUUAACUGAAAGGGGAGAAGUUGGGGUUCUCCAAGCUCAAUAGUAGCUGGUAUUUUGCAUCAACUGUAAGAAAUUUUUAUAACAAACAGAAUGACAGCAAGAUGCAGAAAGUCCAAACAACUUCACACAUGGGACUGAAACCCAGCUGCCAGGCACCCUGCUGGACAGGCACUUAGUUCAUCCCAAGUGCAGGCCUUCAACCUGUAAACCUGAAAGCACUAUCUACAGAAGGCCCUCAGAAGACACUAACUUUUUUCCCCCAUACUGAUACAUCUAAGUCACCUUUUUUCAGAUCUCAAAAGGAAAGAGACAUGCCUUCACUAUUCCUGAUGUUCACUGGCGUUCUAUGUGGUUAGCAGCCACUGGAGAGUAGGUGGUUCCCACCUUCAAGAGCUACCUGGAAUGAGCCUUUACCAAAUGCUUACUGCUGUAUUUCAUUGCAGCACCAGCCCAGAAUUCCAAAAUAAUGAACGGAGCUUCAUUGACAUAUUUUGAAUUUGCAACCUUAUCACAUUGUGAUGUACAGGUAGGAAAUGUACCAAUAUAUUCUACACAUCUGAAAACAGUCGUACUUGCUCUUAAUCAUCUCUGAUGGUUAUUUUUCAAGCCAUAGUAGUAUUUUUGAUAGUGAAGUGCUCAAUCUGAAAUGCUCUGCAAGUCCUUUGCUUUUGGGUCAAGCUGUAUUCCAAAAAGUCUUUUUGCCCUAAAGUAUUGCUAUUUAUCUGAGUAGAUUUCAAAUUCAGACUUUGACCACACAGGGUAGGAUCAAGAAUGGUGGCCAUGGGACAGAAAAGGUAUGGUGAGAACAAAGACCUCAGGGGUGUUCCUUAUCAGCUGAACGGAGGGACCAAGGGCAGCCACUCCCCACAAAUGGGCAGAGUUCACAGUUUAACACAUUGCAGGAGGAAGUCAGCUGGUUGGGCUGCUUUUUCAAAUAGGACUUAAAACAAUGGCAGAAACUUUUCCAGGUAUGGUCUUGAAGACUAGCUACAGACACCUACUAUCAUUUCAUCAGAAAGAGGCGUGCAGGGAUCCAACUGCAGAGGCUGGGCAAAAUCGCUACAGAGGAUGUUUAGAAAACCUUCGAGUCCUGACACUGCCAUGAUUGCUGAACAUGAGACGGGGGUCAAACCUGUACCUGGAGGGGGAAAAAAAGUCACAUUAACUCUAGUCGGCCAUUGAGUAUUUUAUUCAGAAUAUUACUAUGUGGAAAGGAUAGCAGGAAGGGCUAUAAAAGGAUCAAUUAAAUCACCAGAAGGGAUUCCAGUGAGAGUCUGUAGCAUAAAACAUUAGUAAAUAAUUAAGAACAUUUACAGGCCAGCAAGCGCAAAAUAAUGUAGUAUAAAUUGAAAGGAAAGGAGAAAAGAAACAAGUAACAUUAAUCUUAGAAGGUUUUAGAAGAGGGCAAGUUUUGAGCUGGGUUUUUUUUGGAGGUGGCGGAACUAACUGUAUAAAAAGGCGAAUAGAAGAGUCUAGCCCUUGCUGAAUGCCCUACCAGCAAUUUCAAAGCCCUCCAUUCCUUUAGUUAGACACACAGACUGUGGCAUUUAGGAGUACAGGCGUGGACCUCAGACAUGGAUUUGAAUUUGGCUACGAACUUGGACAAGCCAUUAACCUCUCUGGCUACAAAUAAAAUAGCAAGGAAGAGCUCCUAAAGGUCAGGCUCUUGACAAAGGUAAAAUGUCUGCAUUUAUUGCUAUAAAUAUUCCUCUGCCACUUUGCUGAACCCUCCUAUUAGUUCCAGUAACUUUCUUGUGAAAUCUCUGGGAUUUUCUAUGUAUAGGAUCACGCCAUCUACGAAUAGGGAUAAUUUUACCUCUUCCUUACCAAUUUUGAUGCCCUUUACUUCCCUUUCUUGUCUUAUUGCUCUGGCUAGGACUUCCAGUACAAUAUUGAAUAAAAGUUGUGAUAAUGGACGUCCUUGUCUUGUUCCCCUUCUCGAGGGGAAUGCUUUUGAUCUCUCUCUGCUGAGAAUAAUGUUGGCUGUUGGUUUUGUAUAUAUACCCUUAAUUAUGUUGAGAAAUUUCCCUUCGGAUCCUAUUGUGCUGAGAGUUUUUAUCAGGAAAGGGUGUUGGAUUUUAUCAAAUGCCUUUUCUGCAUCAAUUGAGAUGGUCAUGUGAUUCUUUUCCUCUGUUUUAUUUACAUGGUGAAUCACAGUGACUGAUUUUCUAGUAUUGAACUACUCCUGCAUCCCUGGUAUGAAUCUCACCUGAUUGUGAUGUAUUAUUUUUUUUUGAUAUGCUGUUGCAUUCUGUUAGCUAGAAUUUUUGUGUCUAUAUUCAUGAGAGAUCUUGGUCUGUCAUUUUCUUGUUUCGUGGUAUUUUUGCCUGGCUUUGAUAUCAGGGUUAUGUAGCUUCACAGAAUGAGUUAAGGAAUAUUCCUUCCUUUUCUAUGUUCUGGAAUAGUUUGAGCAGAACUGGGGUCAACUGUUCUCUGAGUGUUUGGUAGAGCUCUCCAGUGAAGCCAUCUGGGCUGGGGCUUUUUUUUUGUUGGGAAUUUUUUUAAUGACAUCUUCAGUUUCUUCUUUUGUUAUGGGUCUGUUUAGGUUUUCUGCCUUCGUGUCAGGUUAGGUAGGUAGCAUGUUUCUAGAAACGUGUCCAUUUCUUCUAGGUUUUCAACUUUGUUAUACUUUGUUCAACUUUUUAUAAUAUUCUUUUAUGAUCCUUUUUAUCUCAGUUGGUUCCGUUGUAAUGCCACCCAUCUCAUUUCUUACUUUGGUUAUUGUAUCUUCUCAUUUUUUUCCUUUGUCAAUUUGGCUAGUGGUUUGUCAAUUUUAUUGAUUGUCUCAAAGAACCAACUUCUAGUCUUGUUGAUUCUGUUGUUUUUCUGUUUUCUAUUUAUAUCUGUUCUAAUCUUUAUUAUUUCCUUUCUUCUUGUGACUGUGGACUUCUUUUGCUGCUCCUCUUCUAUUUGUUCAAGUUGUAGGUUUAAGCUAUUUAUUUUGGACCUUUCUUCUUUUUUGAUGUGUGCAUUUAUUGCUAUAAAUACUCCUCUGAGCACUCGUUUUGCUGUGUCCCAAAGGUUUUGGUGUGUUGUGUUUUUAUUCUUAAGUUUGAUUCUAAGAAUUAUUUAAAUUUCAUUUUUAAUUUCUUCUAUUACUCAAUAGUUUUUAAGUAAGGUGUUAUUCAGUUUCCUUUUUUUUUUUCCGCUUGUUUUUUCUGUUACAGGUUUCUAGUUUUAUAGCAUUAUGGUCAUAGAAGAUGCUUUGUAUAAUUUCACUGACAAACUCUUAGCAUUAUUUUAGAGCAGAGGUUGGCUGACUUUUUCUGUAAAGAGGCAGAUAAUAAAUAUUGUAGGCUUUGUGGGCCAUAGAGUCUCUGUUACAACUACUCAACUCUGUUGUUGAAGUGGAAAAGAAGCCAUAAAAGAUAUGUAAAUAAAUGUGUGUGGCUGUGUUUAAAUAAAACUUUAUGGGAAAAACAGGUGGUGAAUGGACUGGGCCCACAUGAUGUUGUCUGCCAACCCCAUUUCACAGGAUUCUAUAGGCCUGAACGUUUGGAAGGAAAGAAUAAGCCAGGGCUAGGAAUUUAAAACAGAAAAUCAGAUGGAGUUUAAAUAGCUUAGGCUUACACCAGCAAAGCUAGCAUCUAGAACCUUACCUAUAAGCUUCUAGAAUGUGGGCAGCCAAUUAAUUACAACUUAAAAAAAGAAAACCAUACUCUGCUGGGUUAUCAGGAGGCCUAGCUAUGUUAGUUCCUAACAGGGUGACCUCUAAGCGAAAUCACAACUCCUAGGUCAAUUUCCUCAUUUCAAAUUUAACUGUUCAUGCUCUAAGGGCUCUAGAAAAAUUCUAUGAUUGAGUCCUUUUAACACACACGGCCAGAUGUUCAGAAGAAACAUGGCAGCUGCUGCAUCUGCCUUGUGCUGGCCAAGCAGAUGCCAGGCGUUGCCAUAUUCUAGCAGUAGAGUGGUCAAACUGUUUGGACAUCAAAGAAUUACAAAUUCCUUGAUCCUCCAGUCAAGAUUUUGUUAGAUGUUGGCUUAAAAUUCCAAGAGUCAGUCAGGCAGUAUAUGGUUUAAAAGCAUUGACUACUACAGACAUCUAACUUUAUUUGGUUUGAUAAAACAUUCUGAGCAAAGUUGCUAUCGGAAAUUGUGAAAUCAGGACAUGUGAGGUGGAAGCCUUGUGCUUUUAUCUUAAGAGACUAAACUUUCUAUUUCAAGGAACUGGCACGGAGCUAGGGAUGCAUUUCAUUAAAUUGAAGGAAAGAUCAAAGCUGGGUAGUCAGAAUGCCUGAAUGACCUUUUUGUACUAACAGGAUGAUCCAUAUUUUAAACAAGUUAUUUAAAUGGAUAUAAAAGAAUGACAAAUAUUAUCUUUCUAUACUGUAACCUAGUUUUAAUUUACUGGUAUCCAUGCCCCUUUGGUUCUAUAUAUAAGAUUUAAAUGUAAAAUUAUUACAUUUUUAAAUAAAUGUUCUACAACACCAAUUGUUCUACUUAUACUACAUACAUCCCCUGCCCCCACUUUUUUUUUUAGAUUGAAGAUAUCAUUUAACCUAAAGAUGACUAAAUCAGUUACAACUUUCCAUCAACUUGUGACAACAUUCUUCCCUUUGUCCUACAAUCAAAUUAGUGUUAAGAACAGAAAUAAUCUUUUCCCAGUGAAAGUCUGAUUUUUAAUCUUCACUCAAAAACAAAUUUGGCUCCUUGCCAUAGGCAACUCAAAUGCAUGGUAUACUGACACUCAGUGAUACUGACACCCAGUGUUACUGCUGAAAAGCUACUGUUUAAGAGGUACAGACAGGAGUGGGAGGAACAGAUCUGACUUUGAAGAUGACAGUUACACAUCUUUUAUAGCCUCAUAUUUAUUUCAAAAUUUGAGUGCUUAUAACUUCUACUUCACCGUGUGUAUUUAGCGUAUUAAAUUUACUGGCAAGCAUUUAAGUUUCUAUAAUUGAGUUUUUUACAGAAUUAAAAUAUAGGCAUAUACCCUUGGGAACCCUGGGGAACAGUGUAGCACUGGGCCAAAGGUUACUGUAAAGAAGCCCCAGGUGUCACCUGUGCUACCAAGUGAUACCACCACAAGAUGACAGCAGGGAAGAGGAAGAGCCCCGGAGGGAGGACGGCAGGGCUAUGCCUCCAGCUAAAGCUGACUGGCAGUGUACAGCAAGCUUCAAACAGCUUACAAUCCCAGCACAAGGGGCUAAUGUACUAAGACACAGCAAUCCCACUAGAAAGCAAAGUGAUAAACACGGCUCAGUUCCAGGCCAAAAGGACCCAUCUUGAAGGCUCCCUUUGCCUGCAAGAACAGCAUGACAGCUAAUGGCAGUUUGGAAAAGUAAUUGAAGAAAAAGAAAACUUACCCAGGGUCAAAAACCCCUGGAGUGCGACAGGUUGGUCCAGAACAGGACUGUAACAUCAUUAGCCGAUAGUUCAUCUUUCCUAAAAGCUCUGGAUCUAUAGUUUUAGCAAUGUUAGUGAUUUGGUCUGGGUCUGCAGUCAGAUUAUAGACUUCCACGAACACCUACGAGAUAGGAAAGGAUGGAGGAAAAAAGAAAAUGGGUCAUGCUUGAAGAAAUAUACCUAAUGGGAAUUAUUUCUAAAUGGGAAAGGAGGAGGUAAGUUAAAAAACCAAGACCCUGGAGAAUAUCAUCUGGUCUCAAGAUCCUCAAAGAGCCAAAAUGCCUACUUGAGACAAUGGAGCAUCUGUUCUGGAGUUAAAUUGCAUGAAGUCUAUAGCCCACAUGCUGGACAGGGACCCUCCAGCACAUGCUGUCUGUGCCUUAAGGCAGUCAGGAAGGAGCACAGGGGAGGAUAUUUAUUACCUUGUGUAAUUAAAGCAGAGAACAGAAGGCAGGACCCUCAAAUGGCAGUCUCAGAAACAAGACUUAGUGAUAAAGGUACUGAAAUGAGAGUUAACAUAUGUACAUUUAUUUUUGCCUUAUAAUAGUAAAGAUUCAAUUGAAAAUGGUAUGAGAGUACUUGAACUUGUAUUGUUCAGAUGUUAGGUUUUCCUAUUUUAAAAGGCAGUCUUAGAUGUAUAAUACCAACUGGGCAGAACACAAUUCUAAUUAUCAUGUCUAGUUUUUUUAGUGUUGUUGUUAGGUGCUCUCAAGUUAUUUUCAACUCACAGAGACCACAUAUGACAGAGUAGACCUGCCCUAUAGGGUUUUCUAGGCUAUAAUCUUUAUGGAAGCAGAUCGCCAGGUCUUUUCUCCCUCCAAAGUGCUGGGUAGGUUUGAACUGCCCACCUUUAGGUAAGCAAUUGAGCACUUAACCAUUGUACCACCAGGGCUCCUUAUGUCUAACAUUAGACCUGUCUAGUAUAUUUUUUACCUCUGGCUUGUAUGUUCUUCUCCAAAUUGGAGUCAAAUGAUAGGCUAGGAAGACAAUAAGCAAAUUUUGCCUAUAAUGACUUCAAAUAGCUGUGCUUAGACUAUCACUUUGAUAAAGUAGUUAUCGAACUGAUAAAUGUGGAGGUGAGCAGAACAGGAACUGAGUCUGUGAUGGUUUCUCAGUAGGAAGGGACUUAACCCAGACUGAGGAGGUGCUCCCGCCUGUUGUCCAAAGUGCUUAUGAGCUGCAAAUGGAAUGGCUGAGCAAGUCAAUUUCUGAGAGACACAGAUGAGAGUUUCUUCCACAUAAAGAUAUGGUUGCCAGACGGGGCAGGUGAGCACAGGCUGAUAAAUGGUAUGAAACCGCAAGGGACUGGAGUCUAUGUGAUCCUUGAGAUAAUCCACACUGAUCCGUGCUGGCUAAAAGCCACAUUCUUCCAAGGAUGGAGCUCCUGGUUCUGCCUUUGACCCCACUGCUGAUCUACUUGGGCAUCAGAAGACCACUCUGUGUUGGAAACAGAAGUUUCUGAACAAGUCGGUUACUGGUAAGCUUUUUAGAGAAUGCCCCAACAGGGCUCGCUCUGUUGAAGCAUCUUAUGUUCACUCUAAACUAUCAGGGAAGCUAAAAGACGAGGCAUGUACCAUUCUGAAAAAGUGAACUGUGUAUUUAAAGUGUGCGUGUUUGGUGGGUGGUGGUAGUGCAUAAAACUCCACCUAGAAAGGCCGCAGUUAGAAAAGUGAGAGACAUGGCCUUGUAGAAUUGUUUUUCUGAACUGAAGGAAACCUAAGAUUAAGUACAGAUUAGAAACACGUCUUCCCUGGGAAGCAUCCUGGGAAUUGCUCUUAUGCCACCAAGCCUAAUGAACAAAGCACUGGCAAUAAACAAAAAGGGUGGGGGAAGUAGCAGACAGAAGUCCCUCUUACCUCCUGGUCAUCAAACUCGCAAUACUGUAAAUUCCACAAUGCCGACAUUGUCCUCACACAAGCAUAUGUGUUGUUAUAGGAAUCUUCACAUACGCAGUCUGGGAAACAUUGCUGUAGGAAUAUUUACCAGGUUAGUGAAUAUACUUCUCCCACAGUAACAAAUACCUAGUUACCUAGGGGGGCAACCAACCAGGCUUAAGGUGGACAUGCAUUUGACAGAAAUUAGGAAAACUUCCACAGACAAACCAGUAAACCAAAAGUAGAUCUGAGGCUUUGUUCCUUAUUGAGGGCUAACUUGAUUACGUGGUUGUUGAUUGGUGCAGUCCCUGUCUACUAACCUCCUGACCAGAAUUAUUUGUAAUGAAUACCCUUAAAAUGUAUGGUAAAGAGAAGAAAUUAAUACUCAGAUGAGUCAUUUCUAAGUACUCUCAGGAAUUAUCUUCCUACAGGGUUCGAGAAGGAUAAUACCACAGGCUAAGAUAAGCUUUGUGGAAUCAUCUCCAGCUACGUUAUUUAUGAGUAUUCCUAUCACCCAGUAUGACUUAACUCUUAUUUCUUCAUGUUUCCCAUAGCAUCCGCUACUCUACUUUUGGUUGUGUCUUUACUAAGUCGUAACAUCGGUUUUAGGUGAGCCAGCUACAAAGAGCAGCUUAUUUCCCGUUCUCCAAAGCGAGGCCAACAUAGCUGUUACCGCCUCCCUGACCAGCCUGGCUGCUACCAGUGCAUGGUACUUGCGAUGGCAUGGUCACAGCUGGGAAGCCCAGUGCUACUGGUUGCCACUGAUAAUAACUCUAAUUAAAAAUGGUACAGAUACUAGGAGGGGGUUGGACACAGGUACUGAUAAGGUAAGAAUAUGGGCAGACAGGUGGAUUUGUUACAACAACUGGAAGAAUUCAAAGGGCACAUUCUGAUAAAAGGUCAGCACCAUCAUUUUCAGGAUUGCUGGAUUACCUUGGUCCAUCUACUAACCACCCACAGUCAAGUGAUAAAGACAGAGGAGCAGAGCUCAGAUUAAGGAUUUCAAUAGUUGACAUAUCUAGACCAACAUUGUACUGUGUUAUCAAUGAAAAAGUUGUCUAAGCCAAGUCCAAGCUAUUACUCACAGAUACUCCAGGACCCACGGAAGGACAUGUUGGGUCGGAGACAUUAUGGCCUUCUCCUUGAUAUUCCACCAGGAUAUCUGAUCGCCAGGUCACAUUACUAGCUCCUCUC